AAAGUGUACCUUCAGUGACACACAGAAGGCACCCUCCUCCUGACAACCAGCAAUGGCAGACACUGCAGCAAAGUCAUCUGAAACCUACAUGUUUCAGUACAAGGGAUACAACUUCCCAAAGGACACAGUGACACCAGAGUAUAUUGACUCCCUGGAGGACUUUGAGAUCCGAGACAGCGACGUGUUUCUGGUCACCUAUCUCAAAUCAGGUACAGUUUGGACCCAGCAGAUUAUCAUCCUGAUCCAUGAGGAAGAGGGCUCCAAUGCAGCUGAAUCAGAGGACUUUAAUGCAGCUGAAUCACAGGGUUCCAAUGCAGCUCAGUCAGAGAGUUCCAAUGCAACUCAGUCAGAGGGCUCCAAUGCAGCUGAAUCAGAAAGCUCCAAUGCAGCUGAAUCAGACACGAAUAUGAAGCGGAUGCCCUGGCUCGAAUAUAAUCUGGAUGGACAGGAUUACAACAUGCGCCCAUCACCUCGUCUCUUUACAUCCCACCUGACUUAUAAUUUAAUGCCCAAAAUGCUGAAGGAAAAAAAAACGAAAGUGAUUUAUGUUGCAAGGAAUCCUAAAGAUGCAAUGGUGUCACUCUUUCACUUUUCCAAAAUUUGUACAUGUAUGGAAACCGCAAAGAACAUUGGUGACCUCAUGGAGAAAUAUUUAAGUGGACAAGUUGCUCGGAUCCUUAUUCUCUUUCUCACAGUGGUAGCAGGCUCUUGGUUUGACCACAUCAGAGGAUGGUACACCCACAGGGAGCAGUUAAAUUUUCUCUUCUUAACAUAUGAGGAAAUGAUCCAGGAUCUCAGGGGAGCUGUACUAAAGAUGUGUCACUUCCUUGGAAAGCGCCUCCAGGAUUCGGCCAUCGACAGGAUUGUGGAAAAAGCUACUUUCAAAAACAUGAAAAACGACCCGAAAGCAAAUUAUGAAUUCCUGCCCGAGAAAGCCAUUCUCAAAGACAAUGGAAAAUUUCUUCGCAAGGGCACUGUUGGAGACUGGAAGAACACUUUGACAGUUGCUCAAAGUGAGCACUUUGAUGAGGUGUACCGGCAGAGAAUGAAAGACCUGCCUCUGAAGUUUGUCUGGGAUCUUAAUGAAGAUGCUUCCUGAUUGGCAGGUUCAGUUCUAAGAAAUACAUAAUGGGGAGAUAUUAAUUAACCAGAUAUUAAUACAGCGUCUUUGUCAAAAAUCUCCUUGCUCAUAGAUGGUUAUUUUAUCACACUGCUGUUGGAGUGUUGGUACUCAGAUCUGUAUAGAAAGAAACACAGUUUAGGCUAAACUGUGAUUUACCUUUAAAUGUAUCUCAAUGUUUAAAUGUAUUUUUUCAUUGUUGAUGCAAAUAUAAUGUCAAUAUUAUAACAUU